GUUUUACUUUAGCCAAGGCUAUUGACAGACAUAUAUGCCCAAUUUCACAAUAUAGACUUUUCUGGACAAGUUUGAGGAUAACAGCUCUAAAGAGACGGUUGGCAUCGGCCGAGAUCAACAUGUCCAGAAAGGCACCCCACCUGUCUUCCCCCGCUGCCGAGACGUCUCCGAGCCCUCGGACAGGACGGGAAUUCCCAAAGAGCUCAAGGGCAAUGGCGACAGCCAGAACAACUGACAGCUAAACCUGUCACGGCCGUGACAUCUUGAGUCCAUCUGGAAGAAGUUUGACAUCUCAAAGGCGCAAUUGGGACUAUUGAAAAGAGAGGGUACACCUCACUUUCACAAACCGAUCUCAUUCACUUACAAUUGCAUCAUCCGUCCAACCACACAACACCGCACGGCUCAACAUAACCGCCUCGAUAUCACCUCCUGAAGUCUCACAACCACGACCACCACAAUGACCCCCUCAACGCCCCUCCUCACCAGCUCCCUCCGAUCAAGGGGCUUACUCUCCCUUCCCUCCUUCACCAAAACCCUACAAAGACCCCUCUCCACCAUCACCAACCAACUCCCCCCUCCACCACCAAAACAAUGGAUCCCCGACCUCCGCGCCCGCCUAGGCAAAUGCAUCAUCUUCGGCUGCACCCACUCCCAAAUCACCCGCGCGUCCUCCGUUCUCAAAGCCCUAUCAACCGAAUGGAAGUCUCUUGUCGCCGGCAGUGAAGGGUUCCUCACCGGGGGAAGGAGAGGGCUAGACGGGAGGCAGAUUGCCUGGGGGGAGAUGGAUAGUUUUCAACACGUCAACAAUGUGAAUUACUAUCGGUAUGCCGAGUCGGCACGAGUAAACUGGAUUACCAACUUUGCCGUUCAUGUUGAUCCGAAGCAUAGGCAGCAGUGGGCAGAGCUGAUGACGCCCAAGUCGACGGGGUUGAUUAUGAAGAGUUUGAAGUGUGAUUUCAAGUUUCCAAUGGUUUACCCUGAUAAGAUCUCCGUCUAUCACAAGCUCCGCUGCAGGCCUGAGGGGGACCCGGCGCCGAGUAAUUUCAUGCUGGAUUGUAUCGUCUUGUCUCAUCAGCAUAGAAGGGUGGCGGCACGCUUGGAGGAGGAUAUCGUUGUUUAUGACUACAAGGCUGCGAAAAAGACGAGCAUGCCUGGGUUUAUGAUGGAGUUGUUCCAGCAGACGUGGGAGAUGCAGCAGGCUGAGGAGGUGAGGGCGAGGACAAGGAUUUGGGAGUUGAUUGGGGAGGUGGAGGGGUUGGAGAAGGAGACGUGGGAUAGGGAGGAUGCGGUAGAGGAUUUGGGGAGUGCUGGUAAGAGUAGUGCUUGAAAAGGUUGAGCAUGGAAGUCAAGAUAUCAGGGUUCAUGGUGUGGCGGGUUCUCCUUUUCUUUUUCUCUUCGAUGAUGGGUGGUCCCUGUGUUUUGAUAGACAAUCACACAAUAUCAAUAUGACUGUAGAAGCCAAGAAUAGAGAAUGCUUGUUAUUCAAA